GCUCCGACUGUGAGGGACGUGCCUGGCGGCGAGUCCCUAUUGGCAGGCCGUUUGGGGGAGGCGGAUGCUGAUUGGUCCGGCCGCCGCGGCCGAGUGCGGGCGGUGGGGUUAAGCGCGUCGCCGCCGCCCCGGCCUAGGCGCGAGCACAGAGCGCUGAAUCCGCACCUCGGACCUGUAGCGGCGGUGUCACGCAAUGGGUCUUCGCCUUUGUCCCUACCAUGCGGCGCUGCUCCCGGGUGGCUUCCUGUGCCUCCUGCUCUUGGCGGAUCCGGCGCUCCCGGUCGGACGUCCCCCUCCGGUGGUGCUGGUGCCCGGUGAUUUGGGCAACCAGCUGGAAGCAAAGCUAGACAAGCCAACGGUCGUGCACUACCUCUGCUCCAAGAGGACAGACAGCUACUUCACGCUCUGGCUCAACCUCGAACUGCUGCUGCCAGUUAUCAUUGACUGCUGGAUUGACAAUAUCAGGCUGGUCUACAACAGAACGUCCCGGGCCACCCAGUUCCCAGAUGGUGUGGAUGUGCGCGUCCCUGGCUUUGGGAAGACUUUCUCACUGGAGUUCCUGGACCCCAGCAAAAGCAGUGUGGGUUCCUAUUUCCAUACCAUGGUAGAGAGCCUUGUGAGCUGGGGCUACACACGGGGUGAGGAUGUCCGGGGGGCCCCCUACGACUGGCGCCGAGCCCCAAAUGAAAACGGGCCCUACUUCCUGGCCCUCCGGGAGAUGAUCGAGGAGAUGCACCAGCUGUAUGGGGGCCCUGUGGUGCUGGUUGCCCACAGCAUGGGCAACAUGUACACACUGUACUUUCUGCAGCGACAGCCACAGGCCUGGAAGAACAAGUAUAUCCGUGCGUUUGUGGCACUGGGUGCGCCCUGGGGGGGCGUGGCCAAGACUUUGCGUGUCCUGGCCUCAGGAGACAACAAUCGGAUCCCGGUCAUCGGGCCCCUGAAGAUCCGGGAGCAGCAGCGGUCUGCCGUCUCCACCAGCUGGCUGCUGCCCUACAGCUCCACCUGGUCGCCUGGCAAGAUCUUCGUGCGCACACCCACAACCAACUACACGCUGCGGGACUAUCGCCGCUUCUUCCAGGACAUCGGCUUCAAAGACGGGUGGCUCAUGCGGCAGGACACGGAGGGGCUGGUCGAAGCCACGGCGCCACCUGGCGUGCCACUGCACUGCCUCUACGGCACCGGUGUCCCCACGCCAGACUCCUUCUACUACGAGAGCUUCCCAGACCGCGAGCCCAGAAUCUGCUUUGGCGACGGUGACGGCACCGUGAACUUGCAGAGUGCCCUGCAGUGCCGGGCCUGGCGUGGCCGCCAGGAGCACCCAGUGUCGCUGCAGGCACUGCCGGGCAGCGAGCACAUAGAGAUGCUGGCCAAUGCCACCACCUUGGCCUAUCUGAAACGUGUGCUCCUUGGGCCCUGAUCCGUGCGCCAGGCAGGGCUGUGGGACGGCCUAGCCACAGCCGUUCGCUUCUCUUGUCCUUUGGGGCUCUCGCCGCCCGGGAGUUCAGCAGCUUGGGACUGACUGCCUCAGGUCCUCAGUCUCGGGUUGCGACAUAUCUGCCAUUGGAAAGUGCUGUUUCUUGUCCUUCCUCUGUGGGAGUGAGGAAGGAAGAAAGAGUCUGGACUCACUUGGGGGAUCCUUGCUGGAAAGAAUGCUGCUGCUGUUGGAAUUGCUGUGACCUCAGGACUGGCUCCGCAGGCGGGUUGGUGCCCCAAUCCUGAACUCAGGGGCCAUUUGUUCUAAUACUCCUGUGGCCUUUUCACACUCACCCACCAGGCCCUGGUCCCUCAGUCUUCCUGUGAGGGCUAUUACUGAGCUGUGGUCCCUGUCCCUAAAGGUCCCAGGGAUGGACUCCUGGUCCCUACGGUGAUCUUCCCACAAACUGGCCACAGGUAGGCUUGCUACUGGCUGUGAGUGGCUGGAGCUGCUGGCUUCCCCAUGGCCUAGUUGCUCAACAGCCUGACUGUGGCUUUCUGGAGGCAGUCUGGUUCCUCCUGCAGACAGGGGUGAGUUGUGUUCUCCGUAGUUCCCAGGUACUGGGCCAUUCACUCCUACCUCCCUCACCUCCAAGAACAGCCUAGCUCGGGAUCGAGCAGCAGGUGGCCUCCAUUUCUUGGGGGCGCUGUCCCAGGAGGCUUGAUUCCCCUUGGUUGUGCUGUUAACCCACAGUAUUGAUGCUGGUUCCCUUUGCCCUGGGACUGUGGUUCAAGGAUGAGAGCAGGGCUCAGUCUCAUGGCCUUUUAGGUACUCAUGAAGAAAACUCAAGGAAGUAGCUAAGGCCAUUCAGAGGUACCCUGAGCUGCCCUCUUGAUAAGCCCACCACCACAUUACCACCCUGCCCUAGGGUUUUUCUAGCACCCAGGUGGGCUGGCACAGGGCUGAGAGGAGGUAGGGCUCUUGCCUGUCUUGCCCAGCACCUACUCCCGCCAGGCAGCUCACUGGUGUUAGUCUGCAGAGACUAGCCCAGAAACUUGAGUGGGCCCCUGAGAGAGCCAGGUGGCUUGGGGCUCCCUGGGUAGUUUUUUGUCUGCUCCAGAGGUGCUUCAUGGAUCUUGCUAUAAUAGCAGGGAUGGAGAGUCUGGAUCUGCCUUGGUGGCAGUCAUCUCCAAGUGGGCGAUGGCUGUAGGCCAAGACUUGAGUCUCGCCUCUAGGAUGGGACCCCAGAACCACAGUCGGGCCGGACUGGGCUGCUCUCCCACCAGGUUUCUGUGGAGCUGGAUUUUCUCUGUUGGGAACAUACCCAGCAUCUCUCUCUCCUUUUAUUCCUGGAUUGUGGGCCCCUCAUGGAGCUCUAAGCAGGCUGUACCUUGAUUCUGGCAAUAAAAAUUUUCUGGAUGCUGUAAAGUA